ACCCAAAAUUAACAAGACGGACGUAACAUGUUAAUAAACGUCCACCGUUAUUCUAUGGUCCCACGUUACUGUCUCGGUCCUGUCACCCAACACCAUCUGUCUCUUCUUUCUCUCUUUCUUCUUUCACUAUAUAUCUCUUCCUCCACCCAAAUCCUAUUCCCCAAUUCACCCCCCUUUCGUUAUAUCUUCAUUUCCACUUUUUUCUAUUAACACCCCCUUCUUCUCUUCCUUGUCUUCUCAGAGGAAGGAGAAGAAACUAAACAAGGUGUAGCAGCAAUAUUAUCAUUAUUAUUAUCCAUUAGAGAAAAACAAAACAAAACAAAAAAACAAACAUAGAUUAAUUAAAUUAAAUUAAUAACUCUAAUCACUAUUUCACAAAACCAACCAAAACGACCACGUUUUAGAUCAAAUCAAAUUCAUUCUUCAGAUCUAAACCUUUUUCAAUACAAUUCUUCAUUUCCUCUCUUCGAUUCACCAUGGGGACAGAACUUUUGCUACCACAAGAUUGCUUGAUCGAACGGUUCAAAACUCCUCCGGCGAGUUUCUCCCGGCGAAGGUAUCCCGGUAAUUACUAUAACAAUUAUAACAAUAAUUAUUACGGUUGUAAUUACGGUAAUAAUUAUAAUUAUAAUUAUAAUUUGUACGGUAAUGUUAACUCCGGGAGGAUUAACCGGAAACCGGUUAUUAGACCGGAGCAAAGAAAACGUGUUACGGUGGCGGAACGAAAACCUAACACAAGAACUAGUUUCAGAUCUAGCUCAAGUUACGAUGAUAUGAAGGUGACGGUGACGAGAGGCGGUGAAAGAUUGGUUGAGAAGGUAAUGAUUCUUCGGAGAGGUGAAUCGCUUGAUUCGAUAGUGAAGAGCGAGGGAUUGAAGAAUGAAGGUAACGGUAAUGAUGAAAUGGUUGAUUCUAAACAGAUCCGGAUCGUUGAUUUGAAGAACGGUUGCGAUGUUUACGCUGGAUCGGCUUUUGCGAUGUCUCCGUCGCCGAGCGCGCUUCCUAUUCCGUCUUUUCAGAGGAAGUUUGCGCCGCCGGUGGUUGUUGAUGACUCCGCUACGCGAGAUCUCAGGCGUUUGCUUCGUAUUGCUUGAAUUUGAAUUCAAGUCGGGUCAAUUUCUCGGGUUUUCGGAUCUAUCCACGUGGACCUUACCGUCUUUCUCUUCCUUUUUUGUCCCUCAAAUCUUCUUAUUAUUACCCGUGACAUCUCUCUCUCCCGUUUUUUGAAUUUAACCUGACCGUGAUUUUUUUAAACAGAAGGGUUGAAUUGAAAAAACGGAAGAAAAUUUGGGGCGAAAAUGUUAAUAAAAGAAGUCUGGAGUAGUGUUAUUGUGAACUUUUGUAAAAGAUCUUGUUUAUUAAUAGGUUGUAAUAUGAAAAAGUUAGAUUAAAAAAAUGAAAAAGAAGAAAAGGAUGGGAGGAAGAUGGGGGUUGAUCUGUAAAUUCGGGAAAUGUAUAUGUGCGUUUUGAAGUGAAAAAAUGGUUUCUGCUCUCGUGAGAAAUUGCGAGUAUCUUUGUUAGGUUUGUUGUACCCUUUUGUUUUUGUACUGUAAAGUUAUAAAAAUUAAAUAGGGAGAUUUGGGAAGAUUUCAGAUUUUA